UCCGAUUUUUCUUUCAAAUUCGGUGGAGAGGAAGGAGUGGAUUGGUUGAGUCGCAAAACCCUGAACCCUAGAGAUCAUCACCCACCGAACUGCUCCGGAUCGAAUCAGCGAGUCGACUCGGAACCCUCGAAGAAUCGACUGAAAAAGCUGCAGGAAAUGCUUAGCAGGAGAUUCAUUUCUUUCUUCAAAGGCUCCCCAACUUCCACCUCGCUGAAAUCUGCAACUGAUGGAAAGGCUGGAUCUUUCGGACGGAAGGCCGUAUCGUUUAUCUUGAUUACUGUUACCGGUGGUGUUGCUUUGAGUGCUCUUGAUGACCUCUCCAUCUACCAUGGAUGUAGCAGCAAGGCAAUGGAGAAAGUGAUGAAGAAUCAGGCCAUAAUUGACGCAAUAGGAGAGCCCAUCAAGAAGGGAUCGUGGUACAACGCAACGCUAGCUGUUGCACAGAAUAGACACUCGGUGUCUUGUUCAUUUCCAGUGAAUGGACCACAAGGCAGCGGAAUCUUGCAUCUGAAAGCUGUCCGCAGUGGAGAGGAUGGGUUCAUGGCGUUUUUGAGGCAGAGGGAAUGGGAGAUUCUGAUCAUGGACGCACUUGUUCACGUCCCUUCAAAAGAGGGACCUGACCAAACCAUGAGAAUCAAUGUCUCUGAUGCUGCUGUCUCCCCUUCUGCAUGUACGGAUUGCAAACUUUCCGUACCACAAGAACCGAAGAAGAUCUAAAGAAAGAAGUUCUGUUCAGUUUGAGUUCAUUCAUUCUUUCAGUCUUGCCAACGAAACUUGGGUGGUGUUAUUAUUCUCAGGUCAUAAUACUCUCUCCAUGGGCGCGUAUACACAACGGCUGGUUUCUUCUUGUCAGUGACUGGACUCUGUAAUAAUCCUCAUUUGUAUGCUGCCUUUGUAUGGGUUAUGGGAAAAUGCUCGGUUCCACUUUCAA